AAGGACAUAAAAGACCCGGAAGUUAUUCUCCGCGGUCGCGCUAUGAUUGAAUCUGAGAAGCACAGAAGAUGAGGAGGGAGAACAUGUCCGAGACCCCUACCGAAGCGGGAAAGGAGAUGCCGACAAAAAAGCAGAAGCUGAGCAGUGAUGAAAACAGUAAUCCCGAUCUCUCUGCAGAUGAGAAUGAUGAUGCUGUCAGCGUUGAGAGUGGGACCAAUGUGGAGCGUCCAGACACACCCACCAACACAGCCAACGCUCCAGGCAGGAAGAGCUGGGGCAAGGGCAAGUGGAAAUCAAAGAAGUGCAAAUAUUCCUUCAAGUGCGUCAACAGCCUCAGGGAGGACCAUGGCCAGCCAUUAUUUGGGGUCCAGUUCAACUGGCACAGUAAAGAAGGAGACCCACUGGUGUUUGCUACAGUUGGGAGCAACAGAGUAACCCUGUACGAGUGCCAUUCCCAAGGAGAGAUCCGACUCCUGCAGUCAUACGUGGAUGCCGAUGCAGAUGAGAACUUCUACACCUGCGCCUGGACCUUUGACACCAGUACAAGCCAUCCCCUCCUGGCCGUGGCGGGGUCACGUGGCAUCAUUCGGGUGAUCAACCACAUCACCAUGCAGUGUAUCAAGCACUAUGUUGGUCACGGGAACGCCAUCAACGAGCUCAAGUUCCACCCCAGAGACCCCAACCUCCUGCUAUCCGUCAGCAAAGACCACGCCCUUCGUCUGUGGAACAUCCAAACAGACACACUGGUGGCCAUCUUUGGAGGUGUAGAGGGACAUAGAGAUGAGGUCCUCAGUGCAGACUUUGACCUGCUAGGUGAGAAGAUCAUGUCGUGUGGAAUGGACCACUCUCUGAAGCUCUGGACGAUCAACUCAGAGAGGAUGCAGAAAGCCAUUCACGGGUCCUAUGAAUACAACCCUUCCAAGACAAACAGGCCAUGGGUCUCUCAGAAGAUCCACUUCCCUGACUUCUCUACCAGAGACAUCCACAGGAAUUAUGUGGACUGCGUACGCUGGCUGGGAGAUCUGAUUUUAUCCAAGUCGUGUGAGAACGCUAUUGUGUGUUGGAAACCAGGGAAGAUGGAGGACGAUAUUGACCGCAUCAAACCAAACGAGUCCAACGUGACAAUCCUGGGUCGCUUCGACUACAGCCAGUGUGACAUCUGGUACAUGCGUUUCUCCAUGGACUUCUGGCAGAAGAUGUUGGCUCUGGGAAACCAAGUGGGGAAACUGUACGUGUGGGACCUUGAGGUAGAGGACCCCCACAAAGCAAAGUGCACCAUCCUCACCCUCCCAAGAUGCACCUCUGCCAUCAGACAGACCAGCUUCAGCCGUGACAGCAGUAUCCUGAUUGCAGUCUGUGACGACGCCUCUAUCUGGCGCUGGGACCGCCUGCGAUGAAGACAACAUUGGCAACGAGCAACCUAUUCUAUUAUGACGGACCAGUCACUUUGCUGUCAAGAACCAGAAACAUUUUCCAGGUACACGUUUUCUGUGUAUAGUCUGCAUCAGAUCUGUCCAAUGGAGGUGUUGUUUAACAUCUCAGGAACCACUCCCAACAUAACGGUGCUACAGGUCUGCACAGAAAAGUGUGUCUGGAACCCACCAAUUAUUUCCCUUUUUGUUUCCCUUCUCCGGGUUAUACUUAUACCAGCCCCUCCUUAUUAAAUCCAUGAGGGGGAUGAAAAGGUGUGCAAUUUGGGGAGAAGGGUGGAGAAUCAAACUACAACCCUGGAGCCCUUCAAGCUUUCUCCCCCCCUUCUUGCUAUUUAGUUCCCCUUUGCUUACUAUUCACUUUUUAAUGGGCUUUAAUAAAUGCUAUUUUUCUAAAG